GAGCGCGGAGCGCAGGGACCCCGCAGCGCUGCCCGCGGGGACCCCCUGCCCGGCGGGGACCCCCAGCCCCGCGGGACGGGCUCGGCGGCGCAGCAUGGGAAGCGUCCAGCUGCAGGACUUCGUGGCGGGCUUGGUGGGCGGAAUUGCCAGCGUGGUUGCGGGCCAUCCCCUGGACACGGUCAAGACUCGUUUGCAAGCUGGACAAGGAUAUGGAAAUACACUCAAGUGUGUUCUCACUGUGUACAGAAAUGAGUCUGUGGCUGGCUUCUUCAAGGGCAUGUCCUUCCCACUGGCCAGCAUCGGCAUCUACAGCUCCAUGGUGUUCGGUGUCUACAGCAACACGCUGCGGUUCCUCAGCCGGCUGCACCACGGGGACGCGGCUGCCGCGCCGUCGCUCACUGACAUGACUGUGGCCAGCCUCGUGGCAGGGGUGCUCUCUGUGGGCAUUGGCACUCCCGUGGAGCUGGUCAAGAUAAGGCUACAGAUGCAAACACAGCCAUACACCAAAGAAAGUGUUAAGCUAAAAUCCACAGUUCCUGGAUCUCCUGUGUACCGAGGCCCAAUUCACUGCUUUAGGACAAUCCUGCAGAAAGAGGGGAUAGCAGGAGUAUACCGAGGCAAUGUAGCAAUGCUCCUAAGGGAUGUUCCUGGGUACUACGCCUAUUUCAUUCCUUACGCAAUGUUCUGUGACUGGAUAACUCCUGAUGGAAGCAUUUCUCCUAAUCCCUCCUCUAUCUGGGUGGCAGGGGGUGUAGCAGGAGCUGUUUCCUGGGCAGUAUGUACUCCAAUGGAUGUUGUGAAAAGUCGACUUCAGGCAGAUGGAGUUUAUUUAAACCAGUACAAAGGGACCCUUGACUGCAUGUUGCAGAGCUACCAGAAUGAGGGCGUAAAAGUCUUUUUUAGGGGCCUCAUGGUAAAUACAGUGCGAGGAUUCCCAUCGAGUGCAGCCAUGUUUCUUGGCUACGAACUUUCUCUCAAAGCAAUGAAAAGAUGCCAAACUGAGACCAAUCCCUAAAUCCCAGUGUUGCCGAGAAGACCAGAAAGUCUCCUACUUUCCUGAGCCAAAUCAGCAGUGUGGUGUUGGUGAGGGCUCACCUGCUCUGACUGAAGACUCCCAUCCUGCACCUACAGCAACUGCUGUGGACACGUAGUCCAUGGAGGACACUGAAAAUCACACACAAAAGCUCUAUCAAAUCCAAAGACUAUUUUAUUAACAAGUCUUUCACUGUUGACUGAGAACAACUUAAUAAUUCUGGUGGUGGUGGUGGGCUUCUUCAUCAAUGACAUUUUUCCUAUUGAACCAGGAAGACGACUUACUUCCCUUUCCCAAGGGAUGUACCCAAACCCAGCCCACCUCACAUCACCAAGGCAGUGUCUUUCGUAUAACACGGCAUUCCAACAUUAAUUUUUUUUUGUGAACAAGGAAAGGAGGAAGUGCGGUGGGUACACAGGUGCUUUUUCUGUAGGAAGGUCUGGAUUCCCACCAAAUCCUAGUUUGCUUUCAGGUUCAAAGUGGGUGACUCCUCACAUACAAACGCUCAUGUUCUACAACACAGUUUGGCACAGUUUAACACAUUAUCAUGAAAAAUGUGAAAGGUUUCAACAAAUUCAGUCUGUUAUUCAAGGUAUAAAUUAAAUUGAGAAACAGGAGUAUGUUAAAUUCAGAGACUAAGCUGCUUUUUUUAAUACAGAAAACAACAAAACAAGUCUGCAUUUCAUAUAGAAGGCUGCCUAUUAAUUUACACAGCUUGCCUGGUGCAGCCCGCCAGGGACCAGCUUGAGGUAUCUCGUUAGACCUUCUGAGCUCCCUGACAUGACCUGCCAGCUGCCAAAACGUGCAGACAUCACUUUGUAGCCUUGAGCAGACCAACACCAGAGGAACUCUCUUUAGGACAGUAUAUUUCAGACCUCCAGCUCUUUGCUGGAAUCCCACUGAGACCACUGGGGCAGGCCCAGUCUAUCUUUGGUCUACCUCAGCCUCUCAGUUAUUCCAAGAUCUUUUACAUCAUGAUUAUUUCUGUUUAUGCUGUUAAAUAUCCUUAUGAUUUAUUUUCUAAGCAUGGAGCUUUUGAUGCCAAAGCCCAAGAAGAAACAGCUUUGCUGCAACAAGAGGACUCUGGUGGUGCUGGCAGGAGAGGCCAAGGGGUAACUGGCUCACAUGCAGAGGGACACACAGCAUGCAGGAAUAAUCUAGGACAACACUUCAUCUGGGAAAUGUUCUAGAGGAACAGUUCUUCCUCUGGAGAAGAGCUCUGGGGGAAAGGCCCAGUGAUUGCAGUUUCAGGAGAUGCCUUCAAAAAAGGUUUUUGAAGACAAUGUGGAGCAGCUCUCCAGCUUUCCUUCAUAAAAGGAGAAGAAAACAGAAACUCCCAUGUCCUCUUCCCUGGAUGAAUGGAGGAAUUGGUCACAACACUUGAAGAUCUCAGCAGAAAGUGCCUAAAACUUUGGUUCUGUAGCAGUACUUGGAAACGAGGUCACCUUCCUUGGGCUCCUCAUCACUGAGGCCCAGAUUAAAAACAGAAGUGUGGAUGCUUUCAGAACUGGCCUUAAAAUGGUGAAUAAACAGCUGGUGUUGCUUCAUCUCAGGACUUGCAGGUGAGAAGGCUCACAGUGCCUUUGACCUUCUUGAGGACACAUGGAACUGUUUUUGACAAACAAUAUGGAAAAAAAUUGAUGAGCCUUCACGCAAGUAUAUGUUGCUGGCUGCAUUUAAGGAUUCAUCCUUUCCAUGUUGCCUAUUUUAAGGCAUGUAUGUAAAACAUGUUUUUUAGAUGGAUAAUACUGUGUCUCUCCAGGGAUAAUACUUAGGCAGACUAUUUUUAUAAUGCAAAUAAGUGUUGUGUUUAUCUGCCUGCAUAAUGUAAAAUGGACCAUGAAUUAAUUAAACUGAUG